AUGACGGGCAGCAAAUCCUCAGUGCAGGAGAGAAUCGAAGUUCCGCCCUCUCCAGCUAGCUUGUUCGGAGAAAUCGCCUUGUCCAAGCACUCCCCACAGCCAACCAGUUUUUUGGCAGUGUCCGAUAAUAUCGGUUGUCCCGAAUCGCAAUCAACUGAGAAAUCAUCAUCGGCUCUGAGCUCCUCAUUCAGGAAUGUGUCUGCCUGUAACCGAUGUCGACUGCGGAAGCAUCGAUGUGAUCAACAAUUACCACGGUGCCGAUCGUGUGAAAAGGCCCAUGUUCGAUGUGUGGGUUAUGAUCCAGUUACCAAGCAAGAGAUACCUCGAAGUUAUGUCUACUUCCUGGAAAACCGGAUCAAAUAUCUCAAGACCACUUUGGAGAAACAUCAAAUCGAUUUCAAGCCACCGGCCGCUUUCGAUGACGAGGCGACCAGCGAACCCCAGGCCGCAAACCUCUUUUCACCGACUCUGAAAUCCGAAAACUCAGGUUCCACUUCGAAUCAACCUGCGGAGAAAAAGGACGGUCCUGAAUUGAUGCAGCCUUUGGAUUCAAUUAUCCUCGAUCUUCUUUCUGGAAAGGAUGCCAAGUUUGCGAUCACAAAAAUGGACGCAGGCUGCUCCACGGCCUUCACCAACCCCACUUCGAUUCGCACAUCCUUCUUCGGUUUUUACGGCGAACGAUCAACACACGCCUUUGUGGAGCUUCCCGCUCGAGAUGAAGCAGAGCGUUUGGUGGAGCAAUACUUCAUUCGCACAAAUCUCCAAUUGCCCGUUCUCCAUCGAGAAGAAUUCGAAACACUCGUCGAUCAUAUAUAUUCCGUCCCCAGCAAAGAUCAUCAGACAAAUCAGCUUUAUUUUCUAUUCAUCAUUCUUGCGAUUGGUUCUGCCUCGGAGAGACGUUCAGGGGAAUUUUCCUACUCCACCCAGCUCCACUAUGACUGGCCCACGGCAGGAUCGCGAAAGCGAAAGAGGUCAGCUGAGUGUGUUCGAACCCCGGAAGAAUACCAUGCCUCUGCUAUGGUGUGUCUAGAGGGAUCUCUUAAUUCAAGUAGCUCUUUGGACCGAUUCAGUGAUUAUGAAGAGCUCCAAGCAAUGAUACUUCUCUGUAGCUUUGCUCUUUUCGAGCCGGUGACUCCAGGAUUAGGAAGCCUAGUGGAAAUAAUCAUUCGCUCUGCUGUCGACCUCAGACUCUACUCCGAGCAAGACACUGCCAGCUUCACCAGAGAGCUACCCGAAACUCAAUCUGCCAAUGGGGUACAUCAGGACUGGGUCGAUGAUUUACGAAGACGUCUAUGGUGGUGUGUCUACAGUCUAGAUCGCUUAAUUGCGCCGUAUCUCGGUCGGCCAUUCUUCAUUCCGGAUGAUGUUGUGACAACUCUUUUUCCCUCCACCCUCGAUGACAGAUUCAUCACAAGGCACGGAAUCCUAGCGUCAUCGGAAAACCGAAACGGUUACAAGCAUGCAGCACAGCAUUACCUCAGGCUGCGGAUUCUACAAUCAGAGAUCCAUAGCGUUCUCCAGCACCAGCAAGCACUCGCCAAGAGAGAACGGCACUCGGGUCAGCAAAAUCUCAAUCAAAAACCGUCUACCUUUCUGCGAGACUUUUCCUCAUUCACGUCGUGGCAAAGGGAUGUCAGCGCCAGACUUGAUGAAUGGAAAGACACAAUGCCAACGCUCGAGCACCAAUCAGAUAGACUGGCUUUGGAACUCGACUUUUGGCAGACCAUGCUUUUGCUCUAUAGGUGGAGCAUAAAAAUACCAUCUGAGCUAGUUCGAAAUCCUUCUACAAUCAAUGCCAACCUUCAGCAACUUCUUCCAGACACGCCACGGGAUCUGGACUGGGCUCAUUUCAAGGUUGCAGAGGCCAGUUCAAAAGCGCUACACAUAUAUCGCCUGCUGCAGAACUUUGGGCUUAUUACUUCUUUCUACCUGGCGACUCAUCAGAUCUUCAUUGCAGGUAAGCCUUUAAUAAAGCCUUGUUUGAGAGGAUUCUAA